AUGGUUGUCGGACAAUUAAGUAACCCAAGUGAGUCAGAAGAUGAUGUCUCAUCUAUUGCACCACCUGAAUAUGAUUUUUGGAAACAUCAUAAGGAGUUAGCACAUGGACACAAGAAGAAAAAGAAAUCUCAUCAGGGAGAUGAAGUUUCUCUUUAUUUAUCAAAUCCAGUAGUUUCUCAUAAAAGCAACCCAUUUGCAGAAUGGGAUGACAUGAAAUUUGUUUUUCCUUGUCUGUACAAGUAUGCACAGCAAUAUUUAAUAGUUGUGGCAACGUCAGUUCCUAGCGAGUGCCUUUUUUCCAAAGCCGGUACUACAAUGUCUCACACAAGGAACAGAAUGUCUCCGAAAUACCUGAAACAGGUACUAUUUUUGGGCAAUCUAGAUUUAGAUUUAGAGUUUUUUGUUUAA